CUUUGCUUUUAUGUAUUUCUUGCAGUUUUAUUCCUGUCGCUGUGUACACUUCGAUCCAAAUCACCAAGUACUAACCGGAAUGCAAUACUGAAUACGUAGAAACAGAAUCAUGUUGUCCUCGCUAAUUAAAGAACACCAAACUAAACAAGCAGCGAAAAGAGUCAUACAAGAGCAAAAACGCAAGGAAUGUAUAGCUGCAGCUAAUGAUCUAACACAGGCUUUAGUCGAUCAUCUCAAUGUUGGUGUGGCUCAAGCUUACUUAAACCAAAAGAAGCUAGAUGCUGAAGCAAAAUUAUUACAUCAAGGAGCCAUUAAUUUCUCAAAACAGACUCAGCAGUGGUUAGCGUUGGUUGAGAACUUCAGCAGCGCACUAAAAGAGAUUGGUGAUGUAGAAAACUGGGCCCGCAGCAUUGAGAAUGAUAUGAAAAUUGUUACCGACACACUAGAGAAUGCUUACAAAAUGGCUCAAGAACAGCCAAGCACUACACAAAACAACCAAUAAACUAAUGUUUACC